CUUAGUUUGGAACAGGCAGCUGCUUUCACCCAUCACACAGUCUCUUCGAGUAGAUCACCAAUAUUUGUUAUACCAGAAUCUGCAUCAUAUUCACAAUAUCAAAUUUCAAGUUUUCAACAAUCAAACAGAACACAAAUUUUAAAACGACAAGAACAAAACUGAAGUAAUUUACCUGCUUCCAUCUUUUCAAGCUCGGCGUACUGCUCCAUUUCAACCCUAAUGGGCUCCUUGAACAGUGGCUUACUUGUAGCCCUUAACCAAUCACUUGAGCAAACAAGUGCCUCAACCAUUUUAGGGGUCAAACUUGCUCUAAAUGGAUCAAGAAUCCUUUUUCCAAGACUGAAGGCGCUUUCACUAGCUACUGUUGAUGCAGGUACAGCCAUAACAUCUCUUGCAAUUUGCGAUAGAAUGGGAAAUCUAGCACAAUUCUCCUUCCACCAAUCCAACACUUGGAAGCUUGGGUUUGAAGGGUCCUCCGAUGGCUCCAGCAGCAUAGCUGUCGUGUUCAACCAAUAUUGCAGUUUCAGCAUCAAACUUUGGCUGAGUUGCAGAGAUAGACGCUUGUGCCGCCUCUGGAUCAUUUUCAGCAUACUCAACGAAGAGCUGCAGAAACAUGCUCUUUACUUCAUUCACCAUCGAACCCACCAAGGACUUGUCUUGCUGCAGUUUUGGGAAAAAAUAUUCCAUGUACAGCAGCUUGUACCUACAAAACAUAAAACAGUGUAAAACUGGAAAAAUAUUCCAUGUCCAGCAAUAUAUCAAGUACCAAAAUAAAAACCGUACCUUGGAUCCAACACCACAGCUAUCAAAAGGAUUUUGUUAAGCUCUUCAAGCCU